UUCAAAAUCCUACCAUUCUCAUCACUACUUCACCAUGAAUCUCCAAGCACUAUCUUUCUCACUUGUGACAUUGUUGCUGCUGUUUGAGGUCAACAUAGAGGGUGACAAUUCAAUACCAGAAGCUGCAGUGAAUGAAAAUGUCACCAUCACUGAAACAUCAUCAUCAUCACCAAAGAUGAAUGAUGGUGUUGUUGUGAACCAAAUACCCCCCCUCACUGGAUGUACUACCGCACCAUGGAUAUGUAGCCAAGGUGAAAUUCCAGCAAGAUUUGUGUGCUGUUAUGACAGGUGUGUCAAUGUGGAAACAGAUGCAACCAAUUGUGGAUUUUGUGGGGUUAGAUGCUUAAAUGGUUUUCGGUGCUGCAAUCGUUUUUGCUCUAACACAAACUUGAGCCCUUUAAACUGUGGUGGAUGUGGGAGAAUUUGCCCCAUUGGAAGGUUGUGCAUUCUUGGCGUGUGUGCUUUUGCGCCGGUGCUGCCACCGCCACAGCCAGUGCCACCACCACCUUCACUACCACAGCCACAGCCACAGCCACAGCCACAGCCUCAGCCCCAGCCUCAGCCCCAGCCUCAGCCCCAGCCCCAGCCCCAGCCCCAGCCCCAGCCAGUGCCACCGCCAGCGUCCCUGCCUCAACCACUACUAGCUCCACUACCCUCUCCUGGACUACCAGAGCAAAAACCACCACAGCCCUAGAACCACCAAAAAUCCACCUUCAAUGGAGUAAACUUCAGUAGACUUGUGUUUGAAGCUACCUUUCCUUGGUUCAUGUUUGUGUCUUUGUUUUCAUGUGUUAGUAUGAGUUGUAUUUGAUAUUGCUGUUACAUAUGAUAUGUAUGUUGGAUUUGGUGCCUUCUAUAUUAGUAGAAGAGCAUAAUAUAUUAUAUUAUGUUUGUGUGAGAAAGAACAACCCCUUCAAG